CUGGUUCCAACGCAAACAUAACCCAACAAGUACAGGUUCUCGCAUUUUUAUUUGUUUAUUAAGUGAGAAUCAACUGUAAUAUACUAGAAUAAGUAUAGUGCAGUGCAAUAAAAUGUUGAAUAGAGCCCAGGGGAAUAAAUAAGGCUAUUGGGAAAUCACGUGCAGGAAAUUAAAACUGUAAUGCUCCAUGGUAGUAUCAUCAAGAGGAUGAAGAAAUUUGCUAUAUUUUUUAAACAGACUCUCGAUGUAGGGGGCGGUGUUGUCGCUAGUUGUUCAGUAAGGCUAGUAUCAAUGACGCAGCAGUGACGUAAACACGUUCGCCUUGAGUUUCGUCUGUAGUUGGAAAACCGGAUUGUGGAGGGACCCUUAAGUCUAAGCAAAAAGAUAUUAAUUUAGAUAUCGCGUAUAUAACAUGUGAUAACGAUGUAGUAUUGUAUACCGUACAGUUGCUGUGUCCUCUUACGGCACGUGGAAAAAAUACGAUCAAAUGUACUGUGCGAUCUGUAGGUCACUAUAACCUCAAACCGUUCCAUUAUGCAUAAUCAAUCCGUGAGAAGUAGUCUUUGAACGUAGAACGUAGUUUUAAGGUAUCGUUACUGGAUUCACGUUCAGUCUUGUUACUGCCAUAAUGGCAAUUAUGAAGAUAUUGUUACGGCCGAACAUCGCAAGGUUCGCGAGUGUCAGACAUUUAAGCUCUAAGCCAAAAUUUGGUUUACUCUUUGACAUUGAUGGUGUAAUAGUACGUGGCAAAAAUGUAUUACCGCCCGUACCUGAGUCUUUUAAACGACUUCAAGGAGAAGAUGGCAAAUUUCGCGUACCGACCGUAUUCGUUACCAACAGUGGUAACGCUUUGCGCAGCCAGAAGGCAGCCGAUCUCUCCAAAUGGAUAGGAUUCGAAGUAAAAGAAUCUCAGGUCGUGAUGGCCCAUUCGCCGUUAAGAUUGUUCCAACAGUUUCACGACAAACAAGUAUUAAUAUCCGGGCAAGGUCCCGUCAAUGAAAUUGCUCAAGAACUGGGUUUCAGGAAAACUGUAACUAUACAAGACUUAGCUAAAAAUUAUCCAUCCUUGGACUACGUGAACGUAGAGAGAAGAAAUCCACAAUGUGGACCAAUAGAUCCAAAUUUCCCUACGAUCGAGGGUAUCGUGCUGUUCAGCGAGCCGAUUUCUUGGGAAACGCCAUUGCAAUUGAUAGUAGAUUUACUGAUGACCAAUGGCAAGCCAUCUUCUUUGCCUGAAAAUCUUCCUUACCCUCACAUUCCAGUUCUGGCAUGUAACAUGGAUCUGUUGUGGGUGUCGGAGUGUCCGAUCCCCAGAUACGGUCAUGGCGCUUUCUUAUUGUGUUUAGAGUCUCUGUAUAAAAAGAUCACAGGAAAAGAUUUGAUCUAUUCUGCCUUAAUUGGAAAACCUAGUCAAAUUACGUACUAUCAUGCAAACCAUAUGCUCCUAGAACAUGCUCGAAGUAUUGGAAUAGAUCACAACGUUGACACAAUAUAUGCCAUUGGGGACAACAUUAACACAGACAUUUUUGGGGCGAACUUGUACGAUAAGUACUUGUUGUAUUGUACAAAGGACGAAGUGUUGGAACCCAAGAAGCUCCAGAAAUUACUUGGCAGGGACGUAGAGCCGCCUAGCGCAAAAGCUUGUAUCAGUAUUUUAGUCGAAACCGGUGUCCAUCAGCGGGACUCGAAUUUCGUAGCGGAACACUGCCCCAGAGAUUUCUUGCCGAUGGAGGAUGGCCUGUGCAAACCUGCGUUCGUGGUGAAGGACGUCGGCGAAGCGAUUAAUCUCGCGUUUACGGAAGAAAAAUUCGACUGAACUGUUAUACAUAGAAUGUAUUUUUAGCCUUGGAGUGUUCACAUCCUAAUAUCGUUUAAGAAACAAAAAAAAAAAAGUAGAUAUUCGGUGAUAUAAGUAUUACGGAAUUUUUGUUAGGUAACAUUUGCUCUUUUUUUUUUUUUUUUUUUUUUUUUUUGGAGGAUCGACAGGGGGGAAAAAAAUGACUGUAACGGAUCGUAUAGGCACAAUAUUUAUUUCGCUUUGUUUUAAAUAAUUUCGACAUUUUUAUCCGCCCUUUUACCGAAGAAGAUUAUGUUUACAAAUCGGUGUAAGAAUCGUAUGUCGGAUACGUUAGAUAGAAUUUAAACGGUCUUUCAAUAUAUUCAGAUUUUUAUGUAUAUUUGAAGUUUCUAUAAUUUAUGUUUUAAUCAUAGUACUUAGAAGUAUAUUUGAAGGUAGUACAUAUACGUGUAUGUAUACACAGGUAUAUAGCCAUAUACAUAGACAUGAAUAUGUAUAUGUACGUACGCGUAGGGAAUAUUUAAAUUGAUUUUUACUGCGUUAUAGCUCGUUUAUUAUAUUAUUGACUUUUCAACGUCUCAGCCGGAACGCGCGUAUGCAUAAUUUUAUGGUAGCGGUAAUUUAUACUUGUCGUGUGCUAGAUAUUGAAUGUAUCUUUUUUUUUUUCUAGAAUUUUAAUUCGAACGAUGAAAAUUGUAAUCGUGUAGCGAUCUUAACGAUCAACGGCGGCGCUUUAUUUAAGAUUCGUAAAUGAAUGCCGCUUUUGCAUAGUAAACUUCAUCUAGUCUCGCCGUAGCAAUCGCACGAUUCCCGCCAGUCUACGAGAUGUGUUAGGCUGCAGAAGCUUUAAUCGUGCCAAUGUAAAAAAUUUCAAGGAAGAAGCUUGCGUUCGUUCGAGAAUGUAACGAGUUUUAAACUGUUCUCACAACGUGCCUAAACGAGAGCCAUAGUAAGCAUCGAACGCGCACAUUGUACUACAGCCAAGCGUCCACGGUCUACACGCCGCCAGCCAUAAAUGCACACUGAAGAUAUCGGGGACUUCCGCCGAGACGAAGACUGACCAUCCAAAGUAGAAUCGAAUCAAGAGAGACGAGAGAAAUUUUUGGCCAUCAUUGCUCGAGGCUUCCGGAUGUAAAUUGUGUCCCAGGCACAGCUUCUAAUGUAAAAAAAAAACCGCUCCUUUCUCGAGGCAGAGUCCACGGCACUAACAUUGUAAAGAAAAGCGCCCUCUGUGACACUAGCGAUGCCGUAGAUAGCGAAAGGCAAUUAUAAUACAGUAGGGGAUGUUGCAAGAUUGAAAGCAAUACGUAACAUUAUAAUAUGUAUAUUCACACGCAUGUAUUGUUUUGUUUUGUUUUUAGAUACGAGAGAGAGAGAGAGAGAAAGAGAAAGAGAUUAUUUUGUCGGAGUUUCAUCUAGUACCCUGUGACUUUUAUGGAGCAGAUUUGGAAUCUAUUUUAGUAAACCACAUUCUGGCUGUAACCCUCUAUGAAAGCCACAGGAUGUGACGAGACGUUAAAGUUAUUUUCCGGAUGAUCAACGCGCACAUAUCAAGGAGCCCAAAAAUCAUCGCGGCGAUUGUUUGCUCGGGAACGGAUCUGUACAGUCUAGUCUAGUCUAGUUAAACGAAGCACGAAAUACUCGCCGAAUAAUUUACUUGUAUUUACUUUUCUCCCCUCCUCGAAAGCAACGAUCGUUAACUUUUAAUUAGAUUAAGGGAAAUAAAACGAAGAGCAAACAGAAGCGAUUUAUUUUCAUUGGAAAUUCUGCUUCGAGAUUACUUUCGAUCU